ACCUUUGUUCCCAGCUGAUCUCUUGUCAGAUGGGUGGCGGCACUGGGGCACCUCAGACAGCCAGCGUCUUGCUGAGGGUGGGAGCAUCCUGUGCCUGCAGCCUCUGGAGCUAUGGGACCAGGGCUGCGAAGCCAGUCCUUGAGAGGGCCCCGACCCUCCUAUGGAAAGCUGCAGGAACCCUGGGGGAGGCCCCUGGAGGGCCAAUUCCACAGGGCGCUGAGCCUCAGAGAGGGGCGUGAGAAGUCCAGGUCCCAGGGCCUCGACAGAGGCACAGAAGGGCCAGAUGCCGCUGCUCAGGAGCAACUGCCGGGUAGCCUGGGGGAUACAGAGCAGCUGAUCCAAGCCCAGCGAGGAGGCAGCCGACGGUGGCUGAGGUGGUACCAACAGCAGGUAAGGAGAAGGUGGGACAGCUUUGUCACCAUCUUCCCCAGCGUGACUCUGAGUCAGCCGGCCUCCCCGUAGCCCACACUGGGCACCAUCAGCUAAAGAUGCUGGAAGCCAUGGUGGCCCCCCUGCUGUGCCCGGACCAGCCUGCCGUGUCUGCUGACCUACCUACCUCUUCACAGCUCUCUGAACUAUGGCUGGGUGGCCCAAUGAGGCUUCUGCCACCAGCUCACUGGAGUCCCAUGUGGCUGCCCCUCUUAGCUCUGGCCCUCCCACCCCAGCAGCUAGCUCUCUUCGAAGACCCCAGCAGGGCCAAAAAGAAGGGGGUUCAGCUCUCUGCCCUCUGGGCUUGGGUAAGGGCCUUGGACGCUGAUUCUAUGAAGGUUUAGAAGGAGCCUGCCCAGAAUGGAGGCUGUGGACGCUGCUGCCCGACAUGAGACCAGCCGUCAACUUCCAGGAUGGAGCUUGGUGAAGCCAGACCCAUGGCUGAGAGGCUCACGGACGCUGCCUGGUCACUGGGCCAUGACCCAACUGCCCUUCUUGUCAGCUGCUGAUGGGGGGCCCAGGCGCAGGUCUCCCUCCCAGAUGGUGAACCCCCUGGGGCAAGGACACAACUGGGCGGCCCUCAGGACUGGAUACCCUGUGCUGAAAAUCUUUGAACCUCCUGGUGUUCUGAUGAAGGAAGCAGGGGAAGCUUUCCCUCCCUAUGUGACAGAGGGAGAAACUGAGGCCCAGAGAUUCUUGCUUUUGGCAUCUCUGGCCCCACCCUGCCCCAUCCCCUGUCUAGCGCUGGAACUGAACACAGUAAUAAAGAUGCUGAGAAGAAGCCAACGAUUGCCCGGUGGUUAAGUGGCUGGCUCAGACACGCCCCCUACCCCUGCCGACUCCUGUGAGGCAGGCUAAGCCCAGAGCAUCCCAGAAUGGGUGGGCACAGGCACCAGGGACUGGGGCAGGCUGGGUUCCCCCGAAGGCUGGGCCUUUCCUGCUACUUCUCUGGACCUUUCUCCACAGAGGGAUUACGCCCACCCUGUGCUGACCUCAAGGCCAGCUUCAGAGGAUCUGGCUCUCAGUGUCCUGCCUCUGUACUGAGCACUGGGGCGAGGCUCCUUCUGAAGCCCAGAGAGGUAAAGGGGCUUGCUUCAGGGCCACACAGAAGGGGAGUGUCUGACCCCAAAAAACCUGAGCUCUUCAAGAGACACUGGUGUUUCUUGUGGGGCCCCUGGGACUCUCCAGGUUCAAGCAGGUCCAAGGUCAAAGGUGAGGGAACAGCUAAGCAUCCUGGUCCACAAUCUGUUCUGGGGGUGUUGUCCAGCAGACAGAGGUGUGGCUUCUCCAUUUCCCCAGAGACCAGGCCCCAUCAGGGCCAUUCAGAAACAAGGGAUCCGCUGGGAAAAUUUUGUUCCAGGGAAGCUAGGGUGCCCGGCUGGGAAACUGGACAGUGGGAGCUCACCAGAAGCCUUGAGCCCGGCUGGGCUUACACUUCAGAUGCCCUGCUCAGCCUCUUCUGCAUCAGUCCCUCAGGUGCCUCUGGGGAACCCUAGGACUCCAGGGAACAGAAUUGAAAUUCGUAGCUCUGACCCACCUCUCAAUGUCUGGAGGAGGAAAAUGGGGUCCAGAAUGGGACAGCACUUCUCACCCUCUGGGACGCUACCCUCCAACCUCCCAGCCUCUUCAUCCUCAGAGAAUCUCUAGCCCAACUUCCAGCCAUUCCAUUUGUCACACUGACUAGUUUGUCUAGCUAUGUGCUUUUUCCUUUCUCUGUUCUUUUUUCAUUUCUAAGAUGGAAUCUUGCUGUGUCACCCAGACUCAAGUGCAGUGGCGUGAUCCUGGCUCACUGUAAUCUCCACCUCCCCGGUUCAAGUAAUUCUCCUGCCUCAGCCUGGGUUAUCCUGCCUUAGUCCAUCUGAGCUGGGACUACGGCCAGGUGCACACCACCACUCCUGAUUAAUUUUUGUAUUUUUAGUAGAGAUGGAGUUUCACCAUGUUGGCCAAGCUAGUCUCAAACUCCUGAUCUCAAGCGAUCCACCCUCCUUGACCUCCCAAAGUGCUGGGGUUAUAGACAUGACCCACAGCACCUGGCCUUUUGUCUUCCAUUACACUGAAAGCUCCAUGGAGACCUGAUAUGUUCCUACCAGGACCCCAGUGCCUGGCUCUGGGCCUGGCACAUAGUAGGUGUUAAAUGAGUUAUCAUUCAGUGAAUGAGGGGCUGGCCCAAGGUCACCCAGUGAGUUGAUGGCUGAGCUGAGCCUGCAGCUUAUGGGUCUGGGGUCCCUGCUCAGACAGAGAAAUCCUAGCCUUGUCAGCAGCCCCAUCAACAGGGACCACAUCUCUGGGGUCCUUGGCUGAGGCCUCCCCCAAAACAUUCAUGCACUCUGGUAGGUUGCUUCCAAAGAUGUCCAUAACCAUCUCUCCCACCACAGAUGCCCUUUUGCAUUGUCUGUUACACCUCUUUUAAAGGGUGGAGUCUAUGGGGUCCAAAGGUAGGGGAAUCUCUGGAGCCCAGGAGUUCGGGGAUGAAGUGAGCUGCAAUUGUGCCACUACACUAGAGCCUGAAUGAGAUAGCAAGAUCCCAUCUCUUUAAAAAAAAAAAAAAAAAAAAAAGAAAGUGGGGUAUAUUUUAACUUUCCUUGACUGUAGAUGGGCUGUGUGACCUGCUUUGGCCAAUAGAAUGCAUUGGAAAUAAGUGUUCUGGGACUUCUCUGCCUAGGCCUCAGUAGGCCUUGCAGCUUCUGUUUCUACCAUCCUCUGUUUCUACCUCCAAAGCCAGCUGCCAUGUAAAGAACUCUGGGCCGUCCUGUUAGAAAGGUGAUGUGGAGAUCAGAGGGCACACGGAAGAGAACUAAGGUACCCCCGGCCAACAGCCAGAACCAACUGCCUAUUGUGUGAGUGAGCCCCCAGCCCAGCUCCUAGCUGACUGCAGCCUGAGUCAGUCACCCCAGCUGACACCACGUGGAGCAGAAGAACCACCCAACUGAGCCCAGCCAACCCAUGGAAUUGAGAUCUAAGAAACCCUUUUGCUUCACACCUCUAGAUUUAGGAUGUGUUAGAUUCCUAGGACUGCCAUAACAAACUAUCACAAACUGGGUGGCUUAAAACAAGAGAAAUUUGUUCUCUAACAGUUCCGGGGUUCACAAGUCUGAAAUCAACUUGUUGGCAGUGCUGCACUAAUUCUGAAGGCUCUAGAAAAGAA